AUGGACGAGUUUAAGCGGUUCAACAUAAUGCAAUCUCUUCUGGAAACGUUGGACAAAAUGGUGGCAGGGUCUUUUAUCCGCAAGGAAUUGAAGGAUCUAAUUUGUCGGGAAGCUUUGAAGGCCACUGCAUGCGAAUUUAUUGGCAACAACAUUAGCUCUACAGAAAUGAAUUUUACAGGCAAUUUGAGUUACUAUAAAUUUAACCAAUCGCACUGGGUUUUCUACACUAAAGACCCUAUCAUUGAAUGUACAGAUGAAAUAUCACUCAAAAAUUCUAGGGAAUCCUCAAAUCCCAUAACUCCGAGAGUUCAUUCCUACAAAGGACACCUAAAAUUGGUGGCCCUAACUCCUGAACAGAUAGGCAUCAAAGACUCACAUCAUCCAUAA